AUGCUGGCAUUCUUAUCAAGCUUGAAUGCAUGUAACCUUGAAUUAACAAUAAACCAAGAUGCUGGUAGGAAAUCAGCUCCAUUAAGUAGGAAUAAGAAAGGUGAACGUGGCUUGAUUUUUAGUGAUGGUGAGGAUAUAAGUGGAACUGCAACUGUAAAUGUAAAACCAGGAAGGAAACUAGACCACCAAGGUAUUCGAGUUGAAGUAAUUGGUCAAAUUGAUGUUAUAUAUGACCGUACAUCUUCUUAUGAUUUUUUUUCAAUAACAAAGGAUUUGGAACCUUCAGGAAGUUUAUAUGAAACAAAACAAUACAAGUGGAAAUUUAAUAUGGUUGACAAACCUUAUGAGACAUAUCAUGGUACAAAUAUACAAUUACGCUAUUUUGUACGUCUCACAGUAUUAAGAUCCUAUGCUAGUAAUAUUGUUAAGGAAGUAGAUUUUGUUGUGCAGAAUAUAUCUAGUGAUCCAAAAAAUAUCCCAAAUUCUCUCACUACGAAAAGUGGAGAUGAUGGAAUUAAAAUGGAAGUUGGAGUUGAAGGAUGUCUUCAUAUUGAAUUGGAAUAUGAAAAAUCAACAUAUCAUUUAAAAGAUGUUGUUAUAGGCAAAGUCUACUUUUCGAUAGUAAGGCUUAAAAUUAAAUAUAUGGAAAUAGAUGUUAUUCGCCUAGAAACAUGUGGUUCUGGAACUUCUGCUAUAACAGAAACUGAAGUAUUAUCAAAAUUUGAAAUAAUGGAUGGUGCACCUGUGAAACAAGAAUUCAUACCAUUGAGGAUGUAUUUGAGUGGAUUUGAUCUAACUCCAACUUACAAAAACAUACAAAAUAAACUGUCCGUGAGAUAUUUCCUAAAUCUAGUCAUUGUUGAUGAAGAAGAUAGGAGAUACUUUAAAAGACAAGAAGUGACACUGUGGCGUAAGAAACUUGGCUAA